UAUUGGCAUUUCUGAACGUUCUUUUUGUUAUGCAAUCGUCAUGAUGCAUUUACGAACAUAGCCUAAUUUAGACAAAGUAUUGAAUUCAUAAAUGAAUGACAACCCUAUUUCAUGCGAAUGAGUUGUCAAAAUGUGCAUGACUUUUGUUUUACAUGCAUUGCAGUCAAAAGAAACGGCAAGAAAUAUAUAUUUUUAUUAGAAUUUAAUUGUUAUUUCGCGUAAUUUUUCUUUGUAGUGAUAAAAAGUGGACGCAUGAGCGUAAAAAAUUGCUCAUGUCAAUAAGACUUCGCCAUGAAAGUAACUUCACCGCCAAAAUAAAAAAAAACGCAGCACAAUUUGGCAAACAAUUCGAUGGGAAAUUCAAGAAGUGGACAAUACGUUUUCCCCUUCAGUGGAUGAGAUAACGCGCUGCUUCACCAAUAUGUUGGGGACGUAUAGAAGAAUAAAACGAAGAAAUGGAACGUCCGGUGAGUCUGCCACAAAUUGGGACUUUUUUGAUGAGAUGGAUGAUGUUUAUGGUACACAGUUCACCCAAGUAGUUGGAACUGCCCAAAAACGGAAGAGAAAUGAAGUCAUUGAGUUCUUGGCCUCCGAAUCGGAAAAACAAGCAAAAUUGUUAGAGGCACUGGUGGAGAGUGAGAAGGGAAAAGUAAACAUUGAAAAGGAAAAAGUGCAGGAACUAAGAUCCAUACGAAAUUUAUAUGAGAAAAUAUUAGAACGUAAUCUUAAUACCUAAUUUUUUAAUGACUUCAUUUAAGUUUUUUUUAAAUAUGCAAUGAAUUUUCAAGUUUAACAAAUGUACAAGCGUUUUGACAAUGAAUGUGAUUUUAAUUUUAAUAAAACUAAUCUAUGCAAUAAAACAAUAAUAAA